CUCGGCUGGGGGGGGGGGGGGCGCGUGGGCGGUCCGCUAUGUGGGGGGCGCGGCGCUCGUCCGGCCGCUGGCGAGGCGCUCGCCUCCCGCGGAGGGCUGGCGGGCGUUCUGGUCACCUCUCGCUCGUUGGUGGCGUACGCUCUGCCCGGCGCAGGAGGACCGGAGUGGCCAGAACUCUAUGGUGCAGGUGUGGUUGCUGACGGGACCGGCCUGAUCGAUUCGCGGCGGCCCGGCGCGCCAGAGCUGGCUUUGCCAUUCCCACCAUGGCCCGGGCGGUUUGGGAGACACUCCUAAGGCUUGCCUUGUGCGCAGGCGCCGUCUGCACCACAGGCAGUACUGCUUUUCUCUACCACGACUACUGUGUCAUCGGAGCUGGCCCGUCGGGCUUGCAGAUAGCCUAUUUCCUCCAGCAAGCUGGCAGGGACUACGUAGUCUUCGAGCGCAGCCACGCUCCCGGCAGCUUCUUCGCCCUCUAUCCUCGCCAUCGCAAGCUCAUCAGCAUCAAUAAGCAAUAUACGGGCAAAUCCAACAGCGAGUUCAACCUUCGCCACGACUGGAACUCGCUCCUCAGCCACGACCGCCGGCUGCUCUUCCGGCACUACUCCCGCGACUUCUUCCCUGACGCUGACACGAUGGUGCGCUACCUGGAAGACUUUGCUUCCCUGCUGAAGCUGCAGAUCCAGUACAACACGGCCAUCGUCCACAUCACGCUAGACAAAGAUCAGCAGGCCUGGAACGGCCACUACUUCGUCCUGACGGACCAGAACAGACAGAACUACAAAUGCAGCUCUUUGUUGGUAGCCACUGGCACGUGGGUCCCCAAUGUGGUAAACUUUCCUGGCUCAGAAUAUGUUGAGGGUUAUGAGACUGUGUCCAUCAAUCCAGAAGAUUUUGCUGGCCAAACUGUGUUGAUCCUAGGCCGAGGUAACUCUGCCUUUGAGACAGCAGAGAACAUUCUGGGUGUCACUAAUUUCAUCCACAUGGUGAGCCGAUCCCGUGUUCGUCUCUCUUGGGCCACCCACUAUGUUGGAGACCUGAGAGCAAUUAACAAUGGCCUGCUGGAUACAUACCAGCUGAAAUCUCUUGAUGGGCUUCUGGAGGGUGACCUAGAAGAUCUGGCUAUUGUCAAGGACAAGAAAGGGAAGUUGCACAUCACGCUCCGGUUCUACCUCGAGAACAGGAACACCAGUGCAGGCAUUGACUCCAUCACCCUCCCGCAGGACGAACUGGAUAAUUUUGCCACUCGUGCACCUUAUGACCGUGUCAUUCGCUGCCUAGGCUGGAAAUUUGACUUCUCCAUAUACAACAGAUCUCUUAGAUUGAUGCCAGGCAAAGGGAAUAAAAAGAAGUAUCCUCAAAUCAAACCCAGUUAUGAGUCCAGAGGCACUCGGGGGCUCUUUGUUCUUGGCACUGCUAGCCACUCUGUUGACUUUAGAAAAUCUGCUGGGGGCUUCAUCCAUGGAUUCCGGUAUACAACUCGUGCAGUCCACCACCUAUUGGAAAACCGUCACCACGGUGUCCCCUGGCCAUCCACAGUCUACCCUAUUACACAGUUGACCAAUUCCAUCAUCAAGCGGGUGAAUGAGGCCUCAGGCCUCUACCAGAUGUUCGGUGUCCUGGCUGACAUCAUACUGCUGAGAGAGAAUGCCACAGCAUUUGAAUACCUCGAAGAAUACCCGGUUGGAGUCCUGGCCGAGCUGGAAACGCAGACAGGGAGAAAAGCUCCCAGUGGGCUGUUUGUCAUCCUCAUGGAGUACGGGAGAAAUUUCUCUGGGGCUGAUAAAGAUGUCUUCUACUACAACCGAGCUGUGGGGGAGGCACAGCACGCCUGGCAGUCCAACUUUCUGCACCCUGUUAUUUACUAUUACAAACGCCUCCCAACAGAGCGGGAGAUGAGACUUCGCUCCCCCGACUGGUCUCUCCCCCGCCCAGAUGCCAUCCAUCACAUCGUGGAGGAUUUUCUGACAGACUGGACGGCCCCGAAUGCUCACAUCCUGCCACUGAGACGUUUUCUGGAGAACUGCCUCGGGACUGACCUGCGCAAUUUUUUUGCAGAAUCCUGUUUCCUGUUUGCCUUCACUCGUCAGAAGCUGCCUCCCUUCUGUCAGCAGGGAUAUGUAAGAAUGCAAGGGCUUGUGGGGAGCAAGAGACUCCAGCGCCAUGCAGUAGAUGCUGGCCUGCUGGAGGAUUACACUGUUGCAGACUUUACAGGUGACAGACUCUUUGGCAGCCGUGAGGGGUCACAGGACCAGUUGCUAAGAGAUCAUGCAAUGCCAGUUCGUCCACUGCAGCAUCUUGUUAAUGCCAAGGAUGAACUUUAACCUUUCUCACUCCACACUGAAAUCCAUAGGUGCUGUUGUGACAAUAUUGUAACAGAGAUCCACAGCAGGACUCUUCCCUUUUCCAUGUACUUUUUUCAUGCCCAUCCGUUCCACUGAUCAUGAAUUGCCAAAGACCUGCUCAGAUCUUGCUGUUACAAAGAGGACCAACGUGUUCCGGAGGAUAAGUCAGGAGCUGAAAUCCAGUGAUGCUGAAGCUUCUGCUUUGUACUUGCAGAGUUCAAAGUUGCCUGAAGACAGUGUUUGUUUUUAUCUCACAGACCAGUAUCUGCAGCAAUGGCCAAGUAACCAAGAAGAGAGUGCAAGAAUGCCCAGAAAACUUAAAAUGUCAUGUCCCUCUUCUGAGGUGACAUUCUGCGGCAGGCCAGUGCAGACUCUCUGAUUACUGGAUACUGUAUGCCUUGUGUACUUGAAGAUUUGCUUGUGUGCUGAAUCCAGAAACGGUACUCUACGCAAACUUCACAAGCAAGAUUUUUCUAGCAUUUGAAUGAGGGCAGUUGUGCAGCUUGAUUGGAGAGGGAUGGUAUAUUUUAGUUGGAGUGUAGGUAGGAUAAUUUAUCAUUUCCCAGAGAGGAGUGCUAUGUACCUUUCCCUCCAGAGAGGAUGAGUAGCUUGCCUAGAAUGCCUAGGACAUAAUGAGAGUUGUACUGAGACUGGCCCUGCUGUCCAAACAUUUCCCUUCUCCCACACCAAACAACCUGAAAAGAAAGCCUCUGCGUUUUAUAAAGCAUGAUCAAUAUUUCUCCUAUUUGCACUAUAUCCCAUCAGGAAAGUUUCAGGUGGGUUUUGAUGUCAUUAAAAAGCUCAUCCUCUAUUACUUUUUUUCCCCUCCAGUCACCUUGAGAUCUUACAAGUGUUGACUGGUAGGUUGUCUGCACUUUAUUGCUCCCUCUUCAUCAGCCAUGUGUACCUGUCUGUCACUCCCUGGUGAUUCUUCCCAAGGCCUUGCAGUUGUAAACCAAGAGCAGUUGUGAGCUCAACCUUACAAUGUUACAAUGUCCCUGUGAUUUCUAGAAAUAGAGGAGGGGCAAAAGGGAAUAGGCUCCAACCCCUUAGCACAUAAAAGAAUACCCCUUAGCACUUGUGCUUCCUUAUACCCUGGACUGGGCAGGGGUUAUACCUUGAUGUACCUAAACUCACGAUUCUUCAAAUUUGGCUGCUGUUCCUGUAAAACCCCAGUUCGUAUACCUCUUCUGCUUCAUGUUUGGAUCGGCUGGGGAACAGAGGAGGUGAGUGACGUGACAAAGGGGUUCUUGCUCCUAUUUGGGAAUAGUGGACCAUGCUGGUGAUGCCACUGCUACCAAGCGAUCUUAUAUGUUGGUAUGCAGCUCUUAUGUGCUAGUAAGAAAAAAUACCAUGUUCUCAGUUGGUGCAGAUCAGCAUCACUCCACAGACUUUACAUUCCAUUACUGCAGCUCCAAGGCUGGCCCAGGGAACGGCUCUCAUGGCCUCUAGUUCUUCAGCUGGUGCUACUACUUGCUACAUCUCUAGCACCAUGGGCUUUUUACUUGGGCAUCAUCCAGGAGAGAACAAGAGCCUGUGACUGAGUCAAGUUGACUGGCUGUCAUCUAGAGCCUGUUUCAUUCCCUGUAUGCGCUGACAUGAAGAGCAGCCCUCUUGUACAUACAUGCACACACUUUCUCAAAAUGUUUUCUCUUCCAUCCUCAAAUUCCCGCAAGAGAUCCGAAGACUGUAAAUUCACAGUAUAUGUGUUGCCUUAAAUUGCGAUUCUGCUUAGAAAAGCAACUGUCUAAAAAAUGGCACCCGCUUCCAGUGUGCUGUGUGCACAUCUCCUAGGCUUGAAUCUGGUGAGUUCAGCGUUGGAGGUCCUGCUGCCGCUCACUUCUGUGGUGCCAGUGGAUACCUGGGAGCAGGGACCCGAGUCCUGAUUCAUGCACAGUUGAUAAAGCAUCACCCAUUUCGAUUCUGGUGAUCCCGACACCUGUGGGAGCUCACAGGCAGGAGCAGUGGCUCCACAUUGCAUUGUGCUGAACGGCCAUCCUGGUUACGGGUGUCACGGGAGCAAUGAACAAUGCCAUUUUAUAGUCACUUGUCAGAGCAGGACUGCACUUUAAUACUGGUGCCGUUUCAUUCGAUUGUACAUCAUGUCGAAGUGAAUUACUGCCUGUAGUACUUCGUUGUAUUACAAAUAUGUUUUGUAUGGUUAUAUUCUUCCAAUGAAGUUUAAAAAAUGUUUAAAAAGUCA